AUGAAUGAAGCUUGGCUCCAUAUUGUGGAGCUGGCUAGAAGCAAACUGGAAAAGGAAGACGAAAAGAGCCGCGGCGUGAUGCAAAUCUUCUGUUCGGCUGUCCUCUAUGUUUUGUUGGCCACAGGAUGCUGGAGAGGCGAAGCUGCCAGACGGGGCUGUCACCUGCACUCUUUCAAUGUGACCAUCAAGAGUGACCACCGAGGAAGCUGCCGUGGCAGUCACGUGGUCCAGGCCUGCGUGGGCUACUGCGAGUCAAGCGCCUUCCCCUCCAAAUACUCGGUCCUCCUGGCCAGCAACUUCAAGCACAUCACCUCCGUGUCCCAGUGCUGCACCAUCACCAAGAUGCAAAAGAUUAAGGUGCGACUGCAUUGUGGAGCCAGUAGGCGUGAGAAUAUGGAUCUCUUCACGGCUAAGACCUGUCAGUGUGACAUGUGUCGUCUCUCCAGAUACUAG